AGUCUCUAUAUAUAAUCUCUCCCUCUCUGUAGUUUCCCUUUGAAAUCCUUCAACAAUGUCAGGACUCAGGAGAUUGGAAGGCAAGAUCGCUAUCGUAACAGGUGGAGCUAGCGGGAUUGGAGCGGAGGCGGCAAGGCUGUUCACGGAGCAUGGAGCAAAGGUGGUCAUCGUUGACUUACAAGAAGAGCUUGGUCAAAAAGUAGCCAUUUCAAUAGGGCAUGAGAGAGCUACUUUUUACUGUUGCGAUAUAACAAACGAAACGGAGGUGGAGAACGCCGUUAAGUUCACCGUCGAGAAACACGGGAAGCUCGACGUUCUUUUCAGUAACGCCGGCGUUAUGGAACAGCCUGGAAGCUUUCUUGACUUGGACCUCGAACUGUUUGACCGAACCAUGGCGGUCAACGUCCGUGGUGCGGCUGCGUUUAUCAAACACGCGGCACGUGCCAUGGUGGAGAAAGGCACUCGUGGGUCUAUCGUAUGUACGACGAGCGUCGCUUCGGAGAUCGGUGGUGUUGGACCUCAUGCGUACACGGCGUCGAAGCACGCACUUCUCGGGCUGAUGAGAACUGCAUCUGGCGGGCUGGGGAAGCACGGGAUUAGAGUCAACGGUGUUGUACCGUUUGGGGUGGCGACGCCGCUCAACAGCCAUGACGAGGAAACGGCGAAGAUGGUGGAAGACUAUUGCGCCGCCACGGGAAUCCUCAAAGGUGUUGUACUCAAGGCUCGCCAUGUGGCAGAGGCGGCUUUGUUUUUGGCUUCUGAUGAUUCGGCUUACGUUAGCGGCCAAAACUUGGCUGUCGACGGUGGUUAUACCGUCGUCAAGCCCAUCAUGUGAAGUGAAAUAAAUUGACUGUUGACUUGACGUCUUUUUCUUUUCCUUCGCUCUAUACUGUAAUGUUAUUGCUAUCGGCGAAUAAUUUCCAUAUUCUAUUAUGAGAUGACAUUUGAUACUCGUUUAUUAAUUUACAGUGUUAUUGCU